AUGCCAGACUGGACAUGGCUUCUGCUCGCGGCGCUGUUCGGGGCUUUCUCUGCGUUGGCGGUACCCGUGGCUAUCCUGGUCUAUUUCCUGCGGCCGUUUGAAAAGAAACCACUCAUGGAGGAACAAUGUACCACGCCAGUCACUUUGCCUCCUGAGAUACUUAACGAAUUGACAAGAGGCGCUGGCAGCACGCCUGAAGGUGUCUUAAACGCAAUGCUGCAGUUCAUAUUCCAGCAAAGUACGGCUGACACACGCUGGCUGCGACGCCGAAUGGCUAAUGAGCUAGCAGAACUGCUUGCGAAGACCUCUUCUGGGAAGAUCUUUGAAUCCUUGACGCUUCGUUCACUAGAAGUGGGCACAGAGUUUCCCAGUUUAGCGAAUCUGCAGUUAUUGAGCGGGGAGCUUGAGGAAGAUGGCGCCCGCCUGCGCUCCCUUGACAUUAGAUUCAAUUUAACGUAUGAUGGCAACUUCAGAAUCGACGUGGAUGCCGUUAUGUUAUUAGGAAAAAUCGCUAACAUAUCAAUUACAGUGGAAAGCAUUAGUGGUAAUGUACGCUUGAUGUUCCGACGGACUCCGUACACGCACUGGGCUUUAGCAUUUGAGACACCACCGAAGCUAGAGCUCCGCGUUCGAGGACGCUUCCAAGGAAGACAGCUGAAGCCCCGGCUGGCUUCAUUAGUAGCUGCCCAUAUUAGACGAGCGGUGGCACAAAGACAUACGCUUCCUAAUUACAAGAUACGGUAUAAGCCAUUCUUUCCUAAGUCAGAACCUGGUAGCACAGAAGGAGAGGAUGGGCCAACGCCACAAGGGCGACUAACUGUACGGCUAGUUGAGGUUACUCGUUUGCAAUGGUCUGGCGGCAGCGGUAUAGUUCGCGCUGCAUUAGCCGUGGAUUCUCAUGGAUGGGUAUCCCUACGCCGAGGAGUUCUCGUCCUAGACAUAGUUCUACCGGCGGUAACGGGCCCAUUGGGUCUGGUAUGCUGUCAAGGUGUGGGUGUGGUGCUGGUGGAUACUGUGGUGCCGAUGUCACCUGCUUACCGGGCUGAUCUCCGUCGCGACGAUGUCGUGCUCGCUAUUGACAACAAACCUAUCAAUAACGUCGCACAGGUGGGCAAGUUGCUUCGUAGUGUGGAACGACGUGCAGUGACGGUGAGAGUACGUCGUGGUGGAACAGGAGGAACCGGGGCGGGAACGGGUGGAAUUCGGAGGGAGGACGAGCCUCGUCGGCUGCGCACAAAUUUCUCCUUCCGUCGAGUUUCUGAAGUUAUGGAAGGGGUACGGCUCCAAAGUAUGCGUGCAGCUGCUUCUAGAAAUAACUUAAUGGAAACUGAUUCUCCUGUGAAGGUAUCAGAGCUGCAAAACGAAACGGAACCAAAGCAAAAGGGUGAAGCAUCACGACAAGUCACUAAAACUUCUGAACAACCCGGUCCAGGCAACUAUGGUUUACGAAAACGAAGAUGUUCUGUGGAAAACAAGUCUUCCGACAGCUCCACUGGUAGUACUCCGCCCGCUUCAGGAGCCAGUACACCCCUCAGACAAGCCACUGUCGUCAACAAAAUCGUCAAACAUCCUGAUAUACCUAUAAUUAAAACUGAUUCCUCCGAAUGCAAAUCAGAAAAAACUGACAGCAUACUUGACGAAGAAGAACAAAUAUUCGAGACGGGUGGACCGCGACAGAGUGAACAUGUCGAGAUAUGCCAAAUGUUUUGGACUAAAAGCGUUCAACUUAAACCUAUUAUACCCUUCGACGAAGAGACUGAUUUUAAAUUGAACGAGAAUCACAAAUAUUUAAACAUUAAUGUUUGGGCGACUGUACCCGGUGAAAAGGAAGAAGUAUUAUUGGGGUAUCUGAAUAUACCACUGGCAGCUUUAUUAUCGGAAUGCCAAGAUUCAACAGUGCCACAUCAUAUGAAGAGGUAUCAAUUCCUACCGCCUGAUGUGGACAUUAAAUUCAGCAAAAGCCACAAACUUGCUUCGCAUGCCGGCUUCGAGCCAUGCCUGUGCUUUGGCGACGCUCUCGUGUGGUGGGAGUGGGAAGGAGCUGGUGACGCUCGUACGACGCCACGCUCCGCACCACGCGGUGUAACUCCCCCCCGUCCGCAUAAACCAGCACGUGCAGCCCACGACUUCGUGCGCACGCACUUCCAUAGAUCGACGCAGUGCGAUUUCUGUAAUAAAAAGAUAUGGUUAAAAGAUGCCAUGCAAUGUAGAAACUGUGGAUUAUGCUGUCACAAGAAAUGUGUUACGAAGUGUCAAGAGUCAUCGCCUUGUAUACCAAAGCAGGACCGAGAUACUUCAACAGGAGGCGGAUGUUCACCUCCAGAAUUAAUUAUGACGGAACCUGACUCCAUGCUUGAUCCAUAUUCUGAUGAAGAAGAUAAGACUGACAGAAAGGACUCCUUAGACGUGCAUGAAGAAGACGAACUAUUCAAAUGCUGA